GCGGAUGGAGAUAAGCCUGCAAUGGGUUAUAUAUAUGAGGGCAUGGAUAGGGCGAAGGAGGCCAUCAGAUUCAUCUAUGGAGCAGAUGAGAGCAAGUAUGGUCCCAUUUGGGAGAUCAUUGAUAGGAGAUGGCAUCAUCAGCUUCAUAGGCCCAUCCAUGCGGCAGCCUAUUAUCUGAAUCCGGCAUUCCAUUUUAUCCCUUCUUUCAAGGCUAAUGUGGAGGUCCUUAAUGGGCUAUAUGCAAUCAUGGAGAAGAUGGGACCUGCUGGUACUUCUCAAAUAGACCUUUUUCGAGAGCUACAGGUGUUCUCAGAUGCACAAGGGGAGACCUUCUCUCGUCCUGUCGCCAAAGACGGUAGGACAACUAUGAUGCCAGAUCAUUGGUGGAACUUUUUUGGCCCAGAGACACCAAAUAUUCAGAAGUUGGCCAUUCGCAUCUUGAGCCAACCAUGCAGCGCAUCAGGUUGUGAGCGCAAUUGGAGUAUGUUUGAGCACAUACACUCCAAGAGGCACAAUAGAUUAUCUGUGGAGAAGAUGAAUGAUCUCGUCUUUGUUCACUACAACCUCUGCCUGAGAAUGAGAAAGAAUGCAAUAGUUGACAUGUCUCCUAUCAUUCUAGAUGAGGUUGAUCUUGAAGUAGAGUGGGCCAAUGAGAAUCAGACAGCUCCUGGGACUCCUACAGCUGUAUUUAGUGAUGAUGACAUUGAUUGGAUCGACCAGGUAGAUAUAGAGGCUGAGGCUGUAGCCAUGGCAGAGGAGGAGUAGAGAGCACGAGCAGAGACAGGAAAUACUGAGACUCAGAGUGACACAGCUGUUCCUGAUGUUGGUGAGCAUGACACAGUUGUUCCUGAUGUUGGUGAGCAUGGCAUGGUGUCACGGGGAGCGACUAUGGCUGCUAAAUCAUCCAGGACCUACUUUAAACGCCUUCGCAGGGGGCCAGGGCGAGA